AUGGCUCAAGCCUACCGCGAUGCGCUCGAGCGCACUGUCCAAGAGCUCAAAUCAAGGCGCGACGAGAAACGACUACACGCCGCCGAGAACCUGCUACACGAAGUCGAAGCCGCACAUAGAGAACUGUCGGCCGCUCAAUUUACUCCCUACUAUGUCGAGGUCAACAAACGCAUUGCCGAACUCAUCCAAAAUGGCGCCGAUACCCACGAACGAACCGGCGGUCUCUACGCGCUUUCGCAGCUCAUCGACUUUAAGGGCGACGAUGCCGCUCAAAAGACGACGCGCUUCCACACUGUCCUACGCAAGGUCAUGACUGGCAACGAUACAGCUGCUAUGGUUGUCGCUGCAAAGACCCUCGGUCAUCUCGUCUCUCCUGGAGGAACUCUUACUGCUGAACUCGUUGAUGCCGAAGUCAAAGUCGCCCUCGAGUGGCUGCAGAUUGAACGUAACGAGAAUCGUCGCUUUUCCGCCGUCUUGAACUUGUACGAGCUUGCAAAGAGUUCACCAACCCUCUUGCACGUAUGGAUCCCCGACAUCUUCGAGGUCAUCUGGGUCGCUCUAAGGGAUCCCAAGGUCAUGAUUCGGGAGUCGGCCGCCAACACCAUCAGCCAAUGUUUCGAGAUCCUCAUGGCCAGAGAUCCCCAGGCACGUCAGAAAUGGUUGACUAGGACAUAUGAAGAGAUAGACAAAGGAUUUCAACACAACACCGUCGAGGCCAUUCAUGGUUCUUUGCUCGCUCUGAAGGAACUGCUGCAGAAGGGAGGCAUGUUCAUGCACGGCCCUCGCUACAAGGAAGCUUGCGAGCGCAUCCUAUCCUAUCGUGAACAUCGCGACCCUCUAAUCCGUCGUGAGGUCGUCUACAUCAUCCCAAUCUUGGCCCGGUACGCUCCGAAGGAGUUCUGCAACGGCUACAUUCAUCGGUCUAUGUCUCAUUUACAAGGGCUUCUCAAAUCUCCCAAGGAUCGCAAUUUGUCUUUCAUCGCUAUUGGAAAUGUUGCAAAUGCUGUCGGCAGCCAGAUUGCUCCUUAUCUGGACAAUAUCCUCCUUCACAUUCGCGAAGCUCUUAGUGUCAAGGCACGUAUCAAGAACACGGACGAGGCGCCAAUCUUCAAGUGCAUCAGCAUGAUUUCCAUAGCUGUCGGCCAGACUUUGAGCAAGUACAUGGAAGCCCUGCUUGACCCUAUCUUUGCUUGUGGUCUGAGCGACGCCCUCACACAAGCACUUGUUGACAUGGCACACUACAUUCCUCCGGUCAAGCCAACGAUUCAGGAGAAGCUCCUUGAUUUGCUGAGUAUGACUUUGUGUGGCAAAUCAUUCGUUCUGCCGGGCCAUCCCAGUCACAGCACACCUCUGCCUCGGAUUUUUACCAGAGAAGUACGCGAUCAACAGGAUCCUCAGCAUAUCGAACACAAAGAGCAGCAGAUAGCACUUGCUCUCUACACCCUGGGCAGCUUCGAUUUCUCUGGCCAUGUGCUAAACGAGUUUGUCAGAGACGUAGCAAUUCGCUAUGUGGAAGAUGACGAUGCCGAGAUCCGGAAGGCCGCGGCACUGACCUGUUGUCAGUUGUUUGUCAGGGAUCCAAUUGUGUACCAGACCAGUCAUUACUCGAUACAGGUCGUCAGCGAUGUCAUUGAGAAGCUCUUGACCGUCGGAGUAGCUGACCCUGAAGCCGAAAUUCGAAGAACAGUCUUGGCCUCGCUAGAUGCCCGUUUCGAUCGUCACCUCGCCAAGGCCGAGAAUGUUCGUACGCUCUUCCUCGCCCUGAACGAUGAAAUAUUUGGCAUCAGAGAGGCUGCUAUGACCAUUAUCGGUCGUUUGACUGCUGUCAACCCAGCAUACAUCUUCCCUUCUUUGCGCAAGGUUCUGAUUCAGCUACUGACCGAGAUCGAAUACUCGAACAAUGUCAGGAACAAAGAGGAGAGCGCGCGACUGAUCAGCCACCUUGUCGGUUCGUCAUCGAAGCUGAUCAAGCCAUAUGUCGAUCCUAUGAUCACGGUACUCUUGCCUAAAGCUCAAGAUCCCAAUCCAGAUGUCGCAUCUGCCACGCUAAAGGCAAUAGGUGAUCUGGCAACUGUUGGUGGCGAUGAGAUGGUGAAGUAUGUUCCUGAGCUGAUGAAAGUCAUCAUCGAGAGUUUACAAGAUUUGAGCUCAGCGAGUAAACGUCGAGCAGCACUAAGAACGCUCGGACAGCUCGCCAGUAAUUCUGGCUAUGUGAUUGAUCCUUACAUCGAACACCCUGAGCUAUUGUCAAUCUUGGUGCAUGUUGUCAAGAAUGAGCCGCCAGGUGAACUGCGCAAGGAGACUAUUCGUUUGAUGGGUAUCCUUGGUGCAUUAGAUCCGUACAGGCACCAAGUCAUGGAACAAUCAUCCGAGAACCAUCUCGUCACCGAUUCGCAGACCGUUACGGAUGUCGGUCUGAUUAUGCAAGGAACCACACCCUCCAAUGAGGAGUACUACCCGACCAUAGUCAUCAAUACUCUUUUGGACCUGCUCAAGGAACCCACUCUUGCGCAACAUCAUGCUGCUGUAGUUGAGGCGGUAAUGAGCAUCUACAGAACGAUGCGCCUGAAGUGUGUCAACUUCCUUGGUCUCGUGGUCCCUGGUAUUCUUCUUGUCAUCCGCACAUCACCGGCUGGCAACAUCGAGAAGUAUUUCAACAAUCUCAGCGAGCUGGUAGAGAUUGUUCGUCAACAUAUCAGACCUUAUCUGCCGGAGAUUCUUGCAACGGUACAGGACUUCUGGGCAGACAACUCACCCUACCAGGCGACUAUGCUUGCACUCAUCGAGUCGAUUGCACAGUCUCUUGAGGGCGAGUUCAAAAUCUACCUAGCUAACGUACUUCCCCUCAUGCUCGGCGUACUCGAUCAUGAUGUUACGCCCAGACGCUUGCCAUCAGAACGCGUUUUGCACGCUUUCCUAGUCUUCGGCUCGAGCGCAGAGGAGUACAUGCAUUUAAUCAUUCCAGUCAUAGUCCGCAUGUUCGAGAAACCCGGUCAGCCAACGCAUAUCCGCAAGCUCGCUAUCGAGACCAUCGGAAAGCUCUCGAGACACGUCAACAUCUCAGAAUUCGCUGCAAAGAUUAUUCACCCCCUCUCACGAGUACUGGGCGGUUCGGAGGCUGGACUCAAGCAGACUGCUCUAGACACUCUGUGCGCCCUCAUCUUCCAGCUUGGUCCUGACUACAUUCACUUCAUCCCGACCGUCAACAAGAUUCUAGUGACCCAUAAAGUCCCACACUCGAACUACUCAUUGAUUGUUAGCAAGUUGCAAAAGGGAGAGCCCUUGCCGCAAGAUCUGAGUCCAGAUGAGCGUUACAAGACUUCCGCUUCGGAAGAAGUGCAGAGAGGUGUCGACAAUCGCAAGCUGGCGGUCAAUCAACAGCACCUUAAAAUCGCAUGGGCAGCCAACGCCAAAUCAACCAAAGAAGAUUGGCAAGAGUGGAUGAGACGAUUCAGUCUGGAAUUGCUCAAGGAGUCACCACAGAACGCCUUGAGAUCAUGCUCGCAGCUGGCUAGUUCCUACCCUCCUCUCGCCAGGCAGCUGUUUAAUUCUGCGUUCGUGUCAUGCUGGACCGAGUUGUAUGACCACUAUCAGGAAUCUUUGGUCCGCUCAAUCGAGACCGCUCUAACCUCACCACACAUUCCACCGGAGAUUCUGCAAGUGCUUCUGAACCUUGCAGAGUUCAUGGAGCACGACGAUAAGGCUCUUCCGAUUGAUGUCCGCACUCUCGGCAUGUACGCCGGCAAGUGCCAUGCCUUCGCAAAAGCACUUCACUACAAAGAACUUGAGUUCAAUGCCGAGCAGAAUGCCAGCAACGUCGAGGCUCUGAUCAGUAUCAACAACCAACUCCAGCAAACUGAUGCCGCCUUCGGUAUCUUGCGUAAGGCGCAAGGUUACGUGGACGUCCAGAUGAAGGAGACUUGGUUCGAGAAGUUGCAACGUUGGGAAGAGGCUCUAACAGCAUACCAACGCAGGGAGCGUGACGAACCGGACUCUUUUGAGGUCAUUAUGGGUAAGAUGCGCUGUCUCCACGCCCUUGGUGAAUGGGAAGUGCUUUCGUCUCUGGCCCAAGAGAAGUGGAUGCACGCUUCUUCGGAGAACCGCAAGUCAAUCGCCGCUCUAGCUGCCGCUGCCGCAUGGGGUAUGGGACAGUGGGAGCUUAUGGAUGGUUACCUGUCUGUCAUGAAAUUACACUCGCCUGAUCGCUCCUUCUUCGGUGCUAUUCUUUCGAUUCAUCGCAAUCAGUUCGACGAUGCACAGCUUCACAUCAACAAGGCAAGGGAAGGCUUGGACACUGAACUUAGUGCACUUCUCGGUGAGUCGUACACGAGAGCAUACAGUGUCAUUGUUCGCGUGCAAAUGCUUGCUGAGUUAGAAGAGAUUAUUGCAUACAAGCAGAGCUCUAGUGACCCUCACAAGCAGGAACGCAUGCGACUUACCUGGACCAAGCGUCUCAAGGGAUGUCAGAAGAACGUUGAAGUCUGGCAACGCAUGCUCAAGGUCCGUGCCUUGGUCAUCUCACCCCCAGAAAACGCGGAGAUGUACAUCAAGUUCGCCAGCAUUUGCAGAAAGGCACAAAGAAACGGCUUGGCGGAGAAGUCGCUCAACUCCCUUCUUGGUUGGCAAGGUAGUCUCAUGACACCAGAAGGCCAAGAGCGCACUCUGCACGCACCAUACCCAGUUCAAUACGCAGUCUACAAGUACAUGUGGUCGAACGGAUAUUCUUCUGGCGCAUUGACAGGUCUGCGGGACUUUACAGAGAGACUACGUAUCGACUACGAGCAGCGAACACUCGCAGUCACAAAUCCAGGCACCAACGGCAUGAACGGUCUGAACGGGACUAAUGGGGUCAACGGUACACAGUUCCCAGCAGCUGGCGUCAGCCCUCAGAUUUCCGAAAAGGACGUUGCCCAAUUGGCUGAUUGGCAAAAGCUGCUUGCCAGAUGCUAUCUCAAGCAAGGCGACUGGCUCAGUUUACAGAUGCGUGGUGAAUGGGAUGCUCACCGAGUACACGAGAUAAGAUCUUCGUACAAGGCAGCGACCCACUACAACCAAGACUGGUACAAGGCCUGGCACGCGUGGGCUCUCGCGAACUUUGAAGUAGUCACCGCACUCACGGCCAACAAGGAUAGAGGAGAGGCCGACGGCAUGCAAAGACGUUACAUCCACGACUACGUCGUUCCUGCCAUCCAAGGAUUCUUCAAAUCGAUCGCUCUUUCUUCAUCGAGCUCGCUACAAGAUACCCUUCGUUUGUUGACAUUGUGGUUCAACCACGGCGAACACCAGGAGGUCACCUCGGCUGUCACGCAAGGUGUGACUACUGUCAGCAUCGACACAUGGCUUGAGGUCAUUCCUCAGCUGAUCGCUCGAAUCAACCAACCGAACAGACUGGUCAAGGAAUCGAUUCAUCACUUGCUGUGCGAAGUCGGACGAGCUCAUCCACAAGCACUUGUGUACCCGCUGACUGUCUCAAUCAAGUCGGAAGACAGGGAUCGUUCAAGAGCCGCUAAGGACAUCAUGACUGCUAUGGAGCAGCACAGUCCCAACCUCUGCAGACAGGCGGCUGUUGUCAGUCACGAGUUGAUCCGUAUCGCUGUGCUCUGGCAUGAACAGUGGCAUGAGGGUCUCGAAGAAGCCUCCAGACUCUACUUUGGUGAUCAUGAUAUUGAUGGCAUGCUUCGCACGCUUGAACCGCUACAUCGUAUGCUUGACGAGGGCCCUGAAACUCUGAGAGAAAUAUCAUUUAUCCAGAGCUUCGGCCGUGACCUCGCAGAAGCCAGAGAUUGGUGCAACAACUUCAAGCGUACGAAUGAGGUUGGUGAUUUGAAUCAAGCUUGGGAUCUCUACUACGGUGUUUUCAAGCGAAUUGCCAGACAACUUCCUCAACUUGCCAACCUUGAGCUGCAGUAUGUCUCGCCUAAGCUCAAGAAUGUUCACGACCUUGAGCUUGCUCUUCCCGGAACCUAUAAGAGUGGCAAGGAGAUCAUUCGCAUCCUCUCGUUCGAUCCUUCAUCGACAGUCAUUCAGUCCAAGCAGCGACCAAGAAAGCUUACAGUCACUGGCAGUGAUGGUGGCACUUACCAGUACGUUCUCAAGGGUCAUGAGGAUAUUCGUCAAGAUGAGCGUGUCAUGCAACUCUUCGGCCUUGUCAACACUCUGCUCUCGCACGAUCCUGAGUCCUUGAAACGUCACCUCAACAUUCAGCGUUACGCAGCCAUCCCUCUUUCGACACAGUCUGGUCUGCUCGGAUGGGUACCCAACAGCGACACCUUGCACGUUCUCAUUCGGGAUUACCGUGAGAGUCGUAAGAUUCUUCUCAACAUCGAACACCGAAUCAUGCUUCAGAUGGCACCAGAUUACGACAACCUUACGCUCAUGCAAAAGGUGGAAGUGUUCGGCUAUGCGCUGGAUAACACCACUGGUCAAGAUCUAUACCGCGUCCUGUGGUUGAAGAGUAAGAGUUCAGAGGCUUGGCUCGAACGUCGCACGAACUACACGCGCUCCCUCGCAGUCAUGUCAAUGGUUGGUUAUAUCUUGGGUCUCGGCGAUCGUCAUCCCUCGAACUUGAUGCUUGAUCGCAACACCGGCAAGAUUAUUCACAUUGAUUUCGGUGAUUGUUUCGAAGUCGCCAUGCAUCGCGAGAAAUAUCCUGAGCGCGUGCCUUUCCGUCUCACGCGUAUGCUUACCUUUGCUAUGGAGGUCUCGAACAUCGAGGGUAGCUUCCGCACUACCUGCGAACACACCAUGCGUGUGCUCCGCGAGAACAAGGAGUCACUCAUUGCUGUUCUUGAAGCUUUCAUCCACGAUCCUCUGCUCACUUGGCGUCUCGGCAACAAGAACUCGCCUCCUGAGCCUUCAUUCCCCUCUGAGCGCCGUACUUCGAUUAUCGGCGAGUUGGACGCUGCGCCUCGCAGUACACCAGGCGGUCGUAAGCGUGCACCACCCGGCGCCGAGAAUGUCCCUGGCGAAGGCAAAGAAGUGCAAAACGCCAGAGCCUUGCAAGUCCUUGCUCGCGUCAAGGAGAAGCUUACAGGAAGAGACUUCAAGAAGGACGUCGAGUUGGCUGUUGAGGAACAGGUGGAGAAGUUGUUGUCCGAGGCAACCAACUUGGAGAAUCUGUGUCAGCACUAUGGUGGUUGGUGCAGUUUCUGGUAG